GUCGCUGGACGCCAGUACUAAAUCUGGCCAUUGAUCAUGUGAUUUGCAUCACAUGACACCCGACGUAUACCCGGAAGACAGGCUGACACAUGAGCACAUAGUGUCAGUGAGCCACUACCUGUCAGUACAGAUGUUAUAACGGUCCUGAAGCUGCACGACGAACACAUUGAAGAGGACGAUGAGUGAGGAGCAUUACCUAGAGCUAUGCGAGAGCCCAGUCCAGUUCGAGCAUGCGUCCAGCGUCAACAACGUCUUCUUCGACGAAGCAAACAAGCAGGUGUUUGCAGUGCGUUCUGGGGGUGCAACCGGGGUUGUGGUUAAAGGCCCAGAUGACAAGAACUCCAUCGCCUUCAGAAUGGAUGACAAAGGGGAGGUCAAGUGCAUUAAGUUCUCCAUUGGAAAUAAAAUACUGGCUGUUCAAAGAACCUCCAAAUCUGUGGACUUCAUCAACUUCAUCCCAGAUUAUCCACACACUGAAUUCUCUCAGGAAUGCAAGAUGAAGAACGCCAGUGUUCUGGGCUUCUGUUGGACCAACUGGAAUGAGAUCGUCUUCAUCACAGACCAAGGCAUUGAGCUGUACCAGGUGUUCCCAGACAAGCGCAGCGUGAAGCUAAUAAAGAGCCAGAGCCUCAGUGUGAACUGGUACCAGUACUGCCCCGAGACGGCCGUGCUGCUGCUUUCCACCUCCGGGCAGGGCAACGUGCUGCAGCCCUUCGUCUUCAGGAAUGGGACAUUGUCCAAAAUGACCAAGUUUGAGAUCGAGCUGCCGGUCGUCCCAAAGCCCGCAAAACUCAGUCUGUCGGAGAGAGACAUCGCUAUGGCAACCAUUUAUGGGCAGCUCUACGUGAUGUACCUCAAGCACCACUCCAGGACCGCCAACAGUCCCAGUGCUGAGGUGGUGCUAUACCAUCUACCACGAGAAGGGCUGUGUAAGAAGAGCCAUGUGUUGAAGCUCAACACCACUGGGAAGUUUGCUCUGAAUAUCGUGGACAACUUGGUGGUUGUGCACCACCAGAGCACACAGACCUCUUUAAUCUACGAUAUCCACCUCAGAGAGCCAGACUGUGCCCUCAACACACACCAACCUGUCCUUCCUGCCCGGUCCAUACACCCCUACCGGAUACCACUGACGGGUCCAGUGGUAGUUCCCUCUCAGCCUCCGGUCCCUUGCCAACUCUACUCUUCCUCCUGGAGUGUGUUUCAACCAGAUAUCAUCAUCAGUGCAAGUGAAGGCUACCUGUGGUACCUGCAGGUGAAGCUGCCCCCCACAGUCCACCUGCAGCAGGACAAAGGCAAGCUCAUGGACUUCCUGUUGCGCCGGCGAGACUGCAAAAUGGUCAUCCUCUCCGUCUGCUCCCAGAUCCUGGAAGGAGGAGAAAGAGGCAGUCUCCCCGUCGUGGCCACGGUCUUUGACAAGCUCAACCAGGUGUACAAGGAGUACCUGGAGGCGGAGCAGAUGUACACGCUGGCCAUGGAGUCUGGGCCGAGUCGGAACAGCGCCGCCCAGAAGAGACCUGUCAGAACCCAGGCGGUCAUCGAUCAGUCAGACAUGUACACACACGUCCUGUCUUCGUUCACAGAGAGAAAGGGCGUUUGCCAUAAGUUCAUCAUUGCGGUGCUGAUGGAGUACAUCCGGUCCCUGAACCAGUCCCAGAUCACCGUGCAGCACUACCUGUAUGAGCUGGUGAUCAAGACGUUGGUUCAACACAACCGCUUCUACAUGCUGCAUCAGUUCCUCCAGUACCACGUCCUCAGCGACUCCAAACCACUGGCUUGUUUACUUCUGUCGUUGGAGAGUACCUACCCCCCCGCCCACCAGCUCUCCCUGGACAUGCUGAAGCGGUUGUCCACAGCUAACGAUGAGAUCGUGGAGGUGCUGUUGUCUAAGCAGCAGGUGCUGGGAGCCCUGAGGUUCAUCCGCAGCGUGGGUAGUCAUGACAACGUGUCGGCCAGGAAGUUCCUGGACGCGGCGCAGCAGACCAGUGACCGGAUGCUGUUCUACACCGUCUUCAGGUCCUUCCAGCAGAGGAACCAGCGGCUCAGAGGAAACCCCGCCUUCAACCCUGGAGAACACUGUGAGGAACACGUGGUCCACUUCAAGCAGCUGUUUGGAGAGCAAUCCCUGAUGAAAGCUGCUACUGUCUGAAUGAGAGGAGAUGUGCACUACAGACUGUACUAGACCAUGAUGUAGCGUGGAGCACAUCUCAUAUCAAACUUUGUGGACAAGAGAUGAAAUGAUCUGGAUUCAACUGGACUGGAUUCAACACACAUGUGUUGUCUCUCUGCGAUGCCUCUGUUUCACCUGAUCUGUGUUGGAACACAUUGAUAUAACUCCACGCAGAGCUGGAGGAGGUCUGACCCCCUCUGACCUUUAUUCUAAAUGAUAAAAGUUUCAAAGGAAUCUGAAAUCUGUCUGUUCCUCAUGUGGGACCAUUUGGCAGAUCUCUCUGAGGUAAACCAAACACAAGGAGGUGUAUUAUGUUAAACGUUGUAGAAACACCAAACCAAUUUGUAUAAUUCUGUUUCUUUCACUGUUUGUGAUUGACAAAAGGAUUUAAAAUAAAUAACAUAUCACACCGAAGUA